AUGUCUCCUACGUGGUCUGACAGCGAGGCCACCACCCACACGCCCGGUGGCCAGAAUCGGGACUUCGACGACGCAGAGAAGGGUCUCUACCACAACGCCCAGAGCCUACCGGUGCUCCCAUCGCCCGCCUAUCAUGGAGACGAAAAGACGCCAACCCACAUGCACCUCGAGAACCGUCCCGGCUACGUCUCGCCCGUCCACGAAGGCAUCACUCCGUCCUCCAGCGUGCCGAUACUGUCUACGCUGUCGCCGUCACAGUCCUCGGGAUGCCUCACACCGAUCAAACCCACGGAGCCGAGCCCCCCGCCCGCGAAGAAACCGACAUCACGGCCGAGGCCCAAGAUCAGCCGCUGGGUACGCGUCCGGUUCUGGUACAACACCUACCGGCAGUUCUUUACCUUCAUCGUCUUGCUCAACCUCGUCGGUAUCAUCAUGGCGGCUGUCGGUCGAUUCCCCUAUGCCGUAAACCACCUCGGCGCUUUGGUCCUUGGUAACCUUCUUUGCGCCAUUCUUAUGAGAAACGAACUGUUCUUGCGGUUUCUGUACAUGGUCGCCAUCUAUGGUCUGCGAAGCUGGGCUCCACUACGCAUCAAAUUGGCAGCGACUUCGAUCCUGCAACAUAUCGGAGGCAUCCACUCCGGAUGCGCGGUUUCCGGCACAGCGUGGCUGAUUUACAAGGUUGUCGAUGUUGCACUGGAUAGUUCGGUUCAGCAUGAAGCUGUCAUUGCUACCGGUGUAAUUACCGCGGCCUUUGUAAUUGUUUCUGCUCUGAGCGCCUUCCCAUGGGUUCGGAACAACCAUCACAAUACGUUUGAGAGACACCACCGCUUCAUCGGAUGGCUGGGCCUGGCGGCAACUUGGACUUUCGUCAUCUUGGGCAACACCUACGAUAUCCGGACGGGCGAGUGGCGAAGCGACACUUGGGCCAUGCUCAACGCUCAGGAGAUGUGGUUUGCCGUUGUCAUCAUCCCCUGGUUUACCCUCCGGGAGGUUCCUGUUGAAGUUGAAAUUCCGUCACCCAAAGUCGCCAUUCUCAAAUUCCAGCGUGGCAUGCAGCAAGGCCUCCUGGGCCGUAUUUCUCGUACCUCGGUAAUGGAGUACCAUGCUUUCGGGAUUAUCAGCGAGGGGCGAAAGGCUCCAUGUCAUUACAUGAUCUGCGGUGUUCAGGGUGAUUUCACCAGGGGUCUUGUUGACGACCCUCCCAAGACUGUCUGGACCAGAGAACUGAAGUUCGCUGGCGUCGGUCACGCUUCCGCCAUCUUCAAGAGAGGCAUCCGUGUCUGUACUGGUACUGGUAUCGGUGCUGCACUCUCUACCUGCAUUCAGAGCCCGAACUGGUUCCUCAUCUGGAUAGGCUCCGACCAGGAGAGGACCUUCGGACCUACCAUUGCGGGUCUCAUUCACAAGCACAUCGAGCCGGAGAGAAUGAUCCUCUGGGACACGAAGAAGCGCGGCGGUCGACCCGAUAGCGUGCAGCUCCUCAAAGAGACGUGGGACAGCUGGCGGGCGGAGGUUAUUUUCAUCACCUCCAACAAACAGGGUAACGAUGAGAUGAUGUACGGCUGUCUUCAGGAGGGAAUGCACGCGUUUGGCACUCUGUGGGAUUUCUGA